AAAAGGUGUCAUGUUAUGGAGGUGGAAUCGUUCGAGGAUGAAGGGGUUGCCAAAUUGUUGAAUGAUUGGUUUGUCAGUAUCAAGGUGGAUCGGGAAGAGCGCCCUGAUGUUGAUAAGGUAUACAUGACUUAUGUGCAGGCAUUGUACGGUGGUGGAGGUUGGCCACUUAGUGUCUUUCUUUCACCUGACUUGAAACCUUUAAUGGGUGGAACAUACUUUCCGCCAGAUGACAAAUAUGGGAGACCAGGGUUCAAAACUAUACUUAGAAAGGUGAAGGAUGCCUGGGAUAGUAAGAGGGAUAUUCUUGUUAAGAGUGGAGCCUUUGCUAUUGAGCAGCUCACAGAGGCAUUAUCCGCGAGUGCAAGUUCUAGUAAAGUGCCAGAUGAGGUUUCACAAAAUGCCAUGCGUCUAUGUGCGGAGCAGCUUUCUGCUAGCUAUGAUUCAAAGUUUGGUGGCUUUGGAUCUGCCCCAAAGUUUCCUAGACCAGUCGAAAUUCAGCUGAUGCUUUACUGGUCCAAAAACAUGGAGGAAACUGGAAAGUUACGUGAAGCAAAUGAAGCUUUGAAAAAGGUUUUCUUUAGCUUGCAAUGCAUGGCAAGAGGAGGCAUCCAUGAUCAUGUUGGAGGUGGCUUUCAUAGAUAUAGCGUGGACGAGUGCUGGCAUGUUCCCCACUUCGAGAAAAUGUUGUAUGAUCAAGGUCAGCUUGCUAAUGUCUAUUUAGAUGCUUUUUCUAUCACCAAAGACGCCUUCUAUUCAUGCGUAUCUCGGGAUAUUCUUGAUUAUUUGGGGAGAGACAUGAUCGGACAAGAAGGUGAGAUCUUUUCAGCAGAGGACGCUGACAGUGCCGAACAUGAAGGUGCCACGAGGAAAAAGGAAGGAGCCUUCUAUGUAUGGACCAGCAAAGAGAUUGAUGACAUAAUUGGAGAGCAUGCAACUCUUUUCAAGGACCAUUACUAUGUAAAGCCUUUGGGUAAUUGUGACCUUUCUAGAAUGAGUGAUCCUCACCAUGAAUUCAAGGAAAAGAAUGUGCUGAUUGAGAGACGAAAUCCAGCUGAAAUGGCAUCAAAACUUGGCAUGCCUGUUGAAAAAUAUCUUGAUAUUGUGGGUGAAUGUAGGCAAAAGCUUUUUGAAGUAAGAUCAAAGCGACCAAAACCACAUUUGGAUGAUAAGGUAAUUGUAUCAUGGAAUGGACUCGCACUAUCAGCCUUUGCAAGGGCUUCUAAAAUUCUGAAGGAUCAAGAUGAGGGGACCAAAUUCAACUUUCCUGUUGUUGGCUGUGAUCCUCAGGAGUACAUGCAAGUUGCCGAGAAGGCGGCAUCUUUUAUCAGGAGACAGCUCUAUAACGAGCAAACACACAGGCUACAACACAGCUUUAGGAAUGGCCCAUCUAAAGCGCCCGGGUUUUUAGAUGAUUAUGCUUUUCUGAUUUCGGGUUUGCUGGAUCUUUUUGAGUUUGGUGGUGGAAUUAAGUGGCUACUUUGGGCAACUGAACUGCAAGAAACCCAGGAUGAAUUAUUUCUUGAUAGAGAGGGAGGCGGCUAUUUCAAUACCCCAGGGGAAGACCCAUCAAUUCUCCUUCGUGUGAAGGAAGACCAUGACGGGGCAGAGCCCUCUGGAAACUCGGUUUCUGCAAUUAAUCUUGCAAGAUUGAUCUCCUUGGUUGCGGGCGGUAGGUCUGAUUGUUACAGGCAGAAUGCAGAGCGUCUUCUGGCAGUUUUUGAGACAAGACUAAAAGAUAUGGCCAUGGCAGUGCCUCUGAUGUGUUGUGCCGCAGACAUGGUCACUGUUCCCCAUCGGAAGCAAGUUGUCUUAGUUGGCCAUAAGCCUUCUAUAGAGUUUGAAAACAUGCUUGUUGCAGCUCAUGCAUCAUAUGAUCCCAAUAAAACAGUUAUUCACGUAGACCCUUCCAGUGAAGAAGAGAUGGAAUUUUGGGAGGAAUAUAAUAGCAAUGUUGCCCUCAUGGCGAAGAACAAUUUUGCUACAGAUAAAGUGGUAGCUCUCGUAUGCCAAAACUUUACUUGCGGUGCCCCCAUUACAGACUCUGGAUCUCUCAAGGCUCUGCUCUCCCAGAAAGCCUCCUCUUCUUCAUAACUUGC